CGUCGUUUACCUUAGCGACGUUUCCGGUUUUAAAAAUAUAGGCUGUUAUUGUUUUAUUUUAUAUUUUUAAUAAUAACAUUCUUACGUAGUAAGAUAAUGUAUAUAUUUAUAUUUAUUUAAACAGUUAUUGCAGUCCACAAUCAUGGUGCUGUCUGAUAUGCCUUUCGAGAAAAGUCGACUGAUUCACAGUCGCUACCAUGUGCUUCGACGUCCAGAGAGUGCUCCUGUACCAAUAGAAGAGGAUGCUAGAAACAAACUAAGCAAAGAAUAUGCGGCAUUUCUUAAAGAACAAGAAAGGAAAGUGGGGCCAGAGGGGUUUCUAGACUCAUCCAAAUAUAGUCACACAUUUUAUGUAAAAAAAGAACGCGAAAAAAUGAAAUCUCAACCAGAACGCCCGAAGCCUUCCAUCGUCAAACUAUCCACGCAGAUUGAUCAAGACCAGAAAGAGCAUGACAAAAGAAUCAAAGUUAUAGAGACCAGUAUUCAGGCGUUGAAGGAUCACAUGUGGCAACAUAAACAAGGAGAGAGGGAAAUGAAACGAACAGAAGGCGACAUCAUAAAAAAUCAGCGCACUGUCAAACAUAUGCUUAGGGACUAUGAAAACGUGAUAAACAAGAAGCGGAUGGCGGAGGAAGUGAAGCUGAACAAGGGGUUGGAGAAGUACACGGUUCUCCGUAAGGACUUCAUGCAUCAUACACAUGAUACGACUAAAACUCGGACCCAUCAGAAUAUUGCUUUCGAACACACGUUGAAGGACCAAGGUAGAAAAACCGAGAUACACAAAUCUGACCUGGCUCGUACAUACAAGGCCAAGAUGAGUGAGAUGGAAUUGAGGCAGGUGGAACUGCUGAGAAUCAACCAGGAGUUCGAGGCAAAAAUGAGACAGAAAGAGCAAGAGCAGUUUCAGUUGAAGCAGGAGCUAGCAGACCUUGCUAUUGCCCUUAAUAUGGAGGCACAGAAAGGGCGGGUGCAGUCUUUCGAGGCAAACAGAGAGAAAAAAAGGGAGAGAAGCAGUCGAAUCAUAGAGGAUUUGAAUGCCCAGCAGUCUUUGGAAAAUCAGCUUGCGAAGAGCGAUGGAGACAACAAGAAUGCGGAGAUGAUGAAGAGAAAGCUUAGUGCAGAUCUGGUGCUCACCAAGGCUCACAUUGCCAUUAAACAGCGAGAUGAUCAGCGCCAACUUAAGAGCACUCUGAUUCGUCUGGAUGACAACUCGAACACCCAGCGGGAACUCAAUGAGGCGGCUUUCCAUGCUGAGAUGGACUUGCGAAGUAAACAGAUGCAGCAGAAUAUCGAGGCCCACACUGUACGUCGUGUAAAACUCCUGAAGACAAACAUGAAGCAGAAGAAGUUGACUGAGGAGGCGAAGCAGAAAGUGUGGGAGGAGCGGUUCAAGAAACGGGUCAGCGAGAAGACCAGACUCGAGCAUGAAGACUCCCUCAAGUUCUUCCAGAAAAUGGUAUCAAAGGGCGAAGAGCAGGAGCAGAUGUUGUACGGGAAGGUGCGUAACGCGGAGUAUGGGCGCCAGAAGCAGGAGCAGGCCGUGCGCAGGCUGCAGCAACAACUGGCCGAGGUGAAGCGACGCAACGCAGCUAUCGUGAAGCAGACGCUUGCAGAACGUAACCAAGAGGAGGUGGAGUUAGAGCAGGCACUGAUACGAGAAAAGGCGGAGCUUGAUAAGAUGCAUUCACAGAGGGAGGAGAGCUAUGUCCGUCUACAAAAACAUCGCCAGCUUCUCAAGAUAGACAAACACAAUCUCAAUGGCCAUGAGCGUGAGCACAAACGCCUGGACCGGAUCGGCCAAAGGUCUGACUCUCUUGUGGACGUGUAUUGAAAACACCGCAAACUUUGUGUUUCUGUUCACCUCUGAAUUGGAAUCAGAACUGCUCCAAGGUUUUUACUUUAUGGUUGCAUGCAACCUGGGAUGCUCUUUUGGGUAAAAUCCUUCUCAGAAAACAAUUAAUAGUCCUUAUAAGAAAAAAAGUAUAUAAACACAAGCUUCUUUUAUAUAAAUACUUGUUUGUGUCUAUUUGCAUCACUAGACAAAUAAUAUUCCUUUGUUAAAUCAAAUGGAUUAUGAUUCAAUUUGUGUUUGAAGUAAUGAAAUUGAUAGAACAAAAAAGUACUUACUCUGAAUGCUUUUUAAAUUUAAUUAAUUUAAUUAAAUUUAAACUAUUCUUUUUAACUUAUUGAUAUCGCAUGUUUGAACUGUGUCAGCAAAAUUUAAUAUAAUGUCUCGUACAUUUGACAUGGUUAUUAAUUGACUUGUUUUGUCCAGAUUUUGAGCUUAAUUUUAGUGUUGUGUAACCACAAGGGUAGGGUGCUUGAAAUUGUAAACAAACUCUUCAAUGUGGAGAUAGUUGUGGUCUUAAAUGUUACAUAAUUUGUUGAAUUAAAAUAUUAAACAUUCCCUUCAAGAUGGCAGGCACAAGUGCCUGUUGAAGUUGGCAAAGAAAGAGAUUAAGGCUAUUAGAUAGGUAUAUUUGUUUGCUCUUCCUCAAGUGGCCUUGUACCCACAUAUGUGGGUCUUAAAUGAAUAUUCUUGUUAAACACAGAUUUAGUUUUAUGAGGCUUGUAAAUCAUGUGAAAGCAUAGCCAAAAAGCUUUUUAUAUAUGUUAUAACUUGCCCAUGUUCUGAAAGUGCAUUUUGUGACAGUAUGAUUUUUUUAAUUCAAUGUAUUCAUUUUAUAAAAAAUAAAGUAAUUAAGUGUCUAAAUGUCAAGGAUAUUUGUUUUUAAAACAUAUACUUUUAUCUGGCAUGAUACACUAUUUUUUCAAAAUAUGAUGUAUAUUAUAAACAACUACAAGUUAGAAUUAAAUCAAUUAUUUGAGGUUUACAUAUAUUCCAAUUGUUGUCAGAGAAUAUUUAUUGCAAAGGUGUUGUAUAUUCAAUAAAAUGACAUAAGUUGUUAACAAGUUCCAUCUAGUAAAUAAUAAAUAUUAAAAAUAAAUUUAUGAAUUAAUAAUGUUAGGUACUCAAACUGAAAUAUUAUUUAGUUAUUAUGUAUUCUGCUUAAAAUUACUGUUUCUUUUUCUUGAAAUGGAUUGAUGAAAAUACUUAUGACGUAAAUGUGCGUGUAAGUUCUUAAUUUGAUUGAGAAAUGUCCUCUUAUUUUCACAUGCCAUUUCUAGUCAAACUAUUUUUGCAGAAUGGCAUUAAAAUUGAACAUUAACAAAAGCAUUAUUUCACAAAUGAACAUCAAUAGAUGUAAGUUUUGUAUUAUUUUUAAAUAUAAUAAAGAAUAUAUCAUGUAUUUUAAACAUUACCAUAAAAUUCCUCAGUUCACGACUUUAUUAUAGAUAAUAAUAUUUUGAAAGAAAUCACAACACUAAUUUUAUUUUUACAUUGUUUCAUUAUUUUGUAAUCUCAAAUUGAAAUUUCUGCCAACUUGAUUUUACCUUUAGUUGCAUUAACUGACAUUCAUUCAUGAAUUCAGAUGUCUGAGUUCGUGUUUUUGAAGGUAUUUGUAUCCUGGCAUUCUUCCAUAAAUAUCAGAAGAUGAUGGCAUACAAUACUGGGUAAGUGUUCAACAAAGAUAAUGUUAACCUGGCUCAUUAAAACCCCAGAAUGUUUUCUAAGCAUCAUGAUUCAUGUUUUCUAUUUAAAAUGCUCUUCAAGGAGAACAAGAAUGUUACCUGAUAAAAUUGUCUUUUUGUUUGAGUUUCCUAAUGAACACUGAUGAAUUGUUGACAUGAGUAAUGAUUUAUUAUUUUCUACCUUAAAGAUCUGUGAUACCAUAAGCAGACAGUCUACAGCAAUCAUUCUAGAGAUAUAUCUAUUCAGUCUAUGUCUAUAAGUGUAUAACUUACCAUUAUACAUGUCUGUGAUAACUAUUACUUUUUAUAAACUGUUCUAUUAUAAAGAGCGUUUACUUCAUGCUUUGCAGUGUAUUAUUUUGUUCAUAAUUUAUUUUAUAACUCAUUUUCUGCUUUUACAGAUUUAUAAGUUUUAUAAAUAUUAUUUUAUCAUGUUUGUUAUACAUUUGGACUUGUUAUUGUAAUAUAUAUAUUUAGAAUUUAUAUGUCAGUUUGACUUAUUUGGAUGUCAAUAAAUUAUUACAAAAAUUA